AUGCAUCCUUCCUCUUUAGCAAGAAAUAUGAUGAGCAACAAAGGGUAUUAUGAACCCCACACAUAUAGAAUGUCACCAGCAAUGCUUCGUGCCCGUCAGCCAUACUUUGUCAAAAACAUGAUUGGUUUGGCUGUCCUUGUGGCCAUUCCGGUCGGUAUCUACAUGUACACAUACAAUUUCUUGAACCAAGAUGACUUUGACGAUAUUCCAAUUCCUCCAUUAGAUGAGGAAACCAUUAAGGAGUUGCAAAGGGAAUAUGCAGAAACCAAAAAUAAGAAAUAA